AUGCAAGUUCUCCUCGUCUUUCUGUUUGUGAUAAUUGCUCUGUCACUUGGGGCUAAACUUCCGCUUAGUGGAACCCAACAUCUUAAUAUCCACCAACGCAUCCAGAAGGGAAAAAUUGCUCAUAAAGGACAAUUCCCAUACAUCGUUUCGUUGGCAAUCAGUAAGGACCUUAGAAUUUCUAGAUGUGGUGGCUCCAUCAUUGAUCACAACUGGAUUUUAACUGCCGCUCAUUGCACACACAACGCCGAUUGGAUUAAAAUCUUCUAUGGUUCAACGAAAAAUGUGCAGGGUGAAUUUAGCCAUGAAGUUGGUUCCGACAACAUUAUUCAGCACGAGCACUUCGAUCAUGAUACGGGCGUGAAUGAUAUUGCCCUCAUUCGGACACCUCAUGUGGAGUACUCCGAGUUGGUUAAUAAAGUGUCGGUUGCCGAUCUUGAUAAUGACUUCGAAGGAGCUUGGGCUGUAGCCAGUGGAUGGGGCAAAAAUGAGUAUGGUAUACCUCAGGAAGAUCUACUUUUUGUCGGCUUGCAGAUUUACAGCAAAAAGUUGUGGUUGGAAUUUGUUGGAGAACUAUCGGAUACCAUUAUCUGUGGCAGAAACUCGGAUGGAGUUCCCACGGGGGAAGGCGACUCUGGUGGUCCACUGGUGACUCGUGAUGCUCCGAAACUCAUUGGUGUUACCUCUUUUGCAAUCGAAGGGUAUUACACUUGCUUUACUCGGGUUAGCGCUUAUCUAAACUGGAUUCGAGAUCACAUUGUCCUUAAAUAG